GGUGGAUCGACAGACUCAGUACACACUGUAGUGGUGUAGCGGACAGCGGCAACUAUGAGAGGAGAUAAGUUUACAGGCUGAGCUCGGCUGAUUGGCGGCCGUUGUCGUAUUCUUGGAGAGAAAACAGAAAAACCGUUGGACGUCGACACGUCGUGGGACGGUCUGUGUUAACGGUUCUGAGGACACAUCAGGAUACCGAGCGGCGGCGGCAGGAGAACCAGGAGCAGGGCGAGUGAGUGAGAGCUUUGGCGGCGGUCCCGCUGCUAGCGAAACAUGAACAAAAACCACCGAGUGCCGAGCAACCGUUCUCUGAGUGCCGUGGAGGUGAAGAGCAAGUUUGGUGCAGAGUUUCGUCGGUUCUCUCUGGAUCGAUCGAAGCCAGGCCGCUUUGACGAGUUCUAUGGCCUCCUGCAGCACGUACAUCGCAUCCCCAACGUGGAGUUGUUGGUCGGCUACGCUGACGUGCAUGGCGACCUGCUGCCCAUCAACAAUGACGACAACUACCACAAAGCCAUCUCCACAGCCAGCCCUCUGCUCAGGCUGUUUCUGCAGAGGAAAGAGGAGGCUGAUUACUCGACGUUUGGCACUGACUCGCUGACAAGGAAGAAAAACACGGUUCUCUCUGCAGUUCUUCUCCGGCCUGAUGCUGCCAGGAAAAAAGCACCGGUGAUCAUCAGCCUCCCUCGGGAUUUCCGCCCUGUCUCCUCCAUCAUUGAUGUGGACAUCCUCCCUGAGACGCACCGACGUGUUCGCCUUUACAAGCACGGCCAGGACAAGCCGUUGGGCUUCUACAUCCGCGAUGGCUCCAGCGUACGUGUGACUCAACUAGGCCUGGAGAAAGUCCCAGGGAUCUUCAUCUCUCGCAUGGUGCCUGGUGGACUGGCAGAGAGUACCGGCCUCCUGGCCGUCAAUGAUGAGGUGCUGGAGGUGAACGGUAUUGAGGUGGUUGGAAAGUCUCUAGAUCAGGUGACGGACAUGAUGAUCGCCAACAGCCACAACCUCAUCAUCACUGUCAAACCUGCUAAUCAGCGAAAUAAUGUUGUACGUAGUGGAGGAGGAGGAGGAGGCACAGCGUCUGGCAGCUCAGGACGCUCGUCAGACAGCGGCGCCAGCUACUGCGGCUACUCCUCGCAAGGCGGGGUUGGUGCGUCCGCCUCCAUGCCAACACACAUCAUCCAGAACUUUCCUGUUGGAGAUCUGGACAGCGAUGAGGACGACGAGGAUCUGGUGAUAGAUGCAAGAGGCGAGGCUGAGCCAAUCAGACGAGCGUCCUCCAACUACAGCAUGCCCUCGCUGCCUCGCUAUGAGCCGCACCUAAACCUCCGCACUGCUACCAGCUCCACUUCCGCCCUUUCCAUCAAUGCCAAUGGGACUCUGCCGGCUAGCGGCAGCAGUGGAUCAUUAAGCAACACCAAUGCCACUUCAAGUACACCCUCGCCUGACAGAGCAACAGAGAGGCGGAGUCUGGAGGAGGAUGGCACUGUUAUAACUCUUUAAACUGGGCAUUUACACUUUAAACACUGGGAACCACCUUAAAACUACAUACCCUUAUGGGAGUCAUGGAUCAGAAAACUAGACAAGGGAACAUCCUGCACCAUCAAACAACUGAGAAGCACAAUGAAAUGUGUACAUAUUUAACCUGAAUAUUGUCCUGACACCUUAUAUUUUGCAUACUUUCAUGUCAAACACUUCACCCUAUGCCAGUGACCACAUGUGUGCCAUAGUGGUGAUGCCCCAUGAUUCUAAAGACACAAAAAUAUCUGCAAAAGAAGUGUAAAAACCUCCAAAAGCACUUGUUUGUACUCCUAGAACUAUUGUUGUCUGAGCUUCCACUAGAGGGCAGUGAUUGGUCGACAUUUCUUUGCAUCAGUCCCAUAAAAAUAUGAAGUUAACCACCUGUGAAUGGGUUCAUUUUAACCCCCCCCCAUAACAGCCACUAACUGCAGCAUUUCAGCUCACAUAGUCGUUGACAAUCUAUGGUUGUUUUUGGCCUUGAACUCCCACUCCCAUAAUGUGACCACCUCCUUUCCCCAAGUUGACAGCAGCAUGUUACUGGUUGUACAGCUGUGGUACUUUCAACUCAUUUCGGUACCACAUUGAUCAACCAAGUGCUGAGAUCUGCAAUAAUAGCAUAGCUUUUCCUGAGCAUAAACCACCUAAGAAACAAGUCUGGGUCCAUUAUUAUGGCUCGGAUGCUUUUAACCACUAUUGUUAGCUUUUUUUCCUUCUCUUACCUGUGUUAAUGACUGACUUCCUGAUUAUACAAAAUGAUGAUUAUCAUAAUUCUUGGGAGCAAUGUAAUCCCUCUACCACAGAGCCUACAUUUUAACUGUUUUUUUUUUUUUUUUUUUUUUUUUUUAAUAAUGCUUAUAUGACCAGUUCCUUUCUGACCAGUUAGAAGUUUCAACUCAUAGAAGAAAAUUUCUCCCACCUGGGACUCAAACAAAUUAGAUCAGUUCCUCUUUCAUAUUUCCUUUAUUUUGCACUCCCCUGUCCUUUCAAUAGCAAGGGCUAUUUCUUCUUCUGCAUGUGUCCAAAUGACAAAAUGUGAAUGUGAUUUUGUUUGUUUAUUCCUUCCCUUCAUGCUUCCUGGACUGUGACUCAAUAUACUCCAUCUCAUCUCAGUGAUGUAAAUGGUAUUCAUCUGUUAUUGUCUAGUCAGGCCCAGAGUUCACUUGGAUGUGUCCCGAGACAUUCACAGAUGAAAAGUGUUCUCUCCAUUUCUCAUUUUAUAUUUCUGUCUUUAUUGAGCUAACAUGCUAUAAGAAUGUAAAACAGCUGUACUCGGAAUAACUACUCCAUAAUCAACCUGAGUCUAAAUGGCUGAUUAAUAGCUGGACUGAAACACUGUAAGCAAAUAGAACCACUGACGUGAAGAGUAAAUAAGUGAUGCGUACAAUGAUACUAGAGAAACUGCUUGUAUGUCAACAUAAAGGCUGCACAGAAUGAGUAAUAUUUAAACAUGCACACAUGCAGGUACUUGUUAAGUACCAUAUUUGUUAAAGGUGAGGUCAGUCUGUAUGACUUGGCUCUGAUCUGUUAUAAGAAUUUCAACUGAGGCUCUUAGCCUAUGAAGUUCUCCUCUUAGCCAAAACUUGUUUGACUAAUGAGUUUUAUAUUCAAAAGUUGACAUUAUUUUCUCUUUAAGUAAUUUGAAAAUACUAUUAUACCCCUUUCGAAAUGUUUGAUUUUAGACUACAAUUAUAAGUGACCCUUUGUCAAGCCUAACCCUCCUUGGUUUCUGUUAGAAGGUUAGACAAAAUCUCUUGUUUCCAGGCUCCUCUCUUUUUAAACAAUAAAAAAAAUAUCCCUGCGAUAGGGAUGCACAACAUUAGAAUUUUUGCCAGUAUCUGAUAUUCCAAAAUUUGCAACUUCAAUUUAAAACCAAUAUAGAUACCAGUAUAAAUGUGAUUCAGACUUUAAACUUCAGUCCUUAAAAAAAUCAUUUUAAAGUUCAAGGGUGAACACAGAAACUUGUACCUUCUAACAUGCUUUGAGGACUUGAAGAAUGAGGAUAACAGUGAACAAGACUUCGGCCUGUUGGUCCUGCCUAAAACUACACAAACUUAAUGGUGCAUAUAGCUGAUAAUAAUUGUAAAUAUCGGCAUACAUUCUCAGCCAAAACUGAUAACUCUUAGAGAUAAUAUCCGCUGAUACUAGUAUUAUGCUGAUAGUAUCAUCCUUCCCUACACAGUGAUUUGACAAACUGUCAUUUAUAUUUAAUUGGUAUGAUUCUUUAGUGAACUUGGCCUCUAAGAAAACUAAAGGCAAAGAUUCAGCAGGAUGUGUGAGGAUUACUCAAAAUCUUUUUGAAAUAGUUCAGAAUAUUCUGGUAAAUAGUGAAUGGACUUGAACUUAUACACUUCUUUUUUAGUAACCUGAUCACUCAACACUUUUUAUACUGCAGGUCACAGUUGCCCAUUCACACCUGUGCUGCACAAUUAGGUAAUAAUAUAUGAUUGCGAUUAAUCUGGACAUUGUUGCGAUUUGUGAUUCUGGUGUAAUACAUAACUGGUAUCAUGAGUCUGCUUGCUUGGUUAUCAAGGAAAAUGCAGAGAAUACUGACAGUUAUGCAGGGCGUAUUUCUCAACACAAAACAUACCAACAAUUAGUAGAAAAAAAAUACAGAACCUGAAGUUUUUACAGUGCUUCCUUAAAAAUAACUUAAAAUAAAAGUUUUCUUUCUUGAAAAUAAAAAUACAUCUACAAAGUAUGAAUGUAGUUUGUAAAUUUCAGCAAUUUCAUUUAUCCUCAGUGGGGCAGUAAAAACACAUGGGAACACAUAGAAAACACAACAGUAAAUAAAAACAUGUAAGUGAAAAAAAAAUACACAUUUGAGUCUACAGUACAUAAAACACAGUUGUAAACAAUAAAACAUCAACAAGGAGUAGAUCACACUGCAAUCACAAGACCAAGAAUAACCCCUGCAUCCAUGGGAAUAAACUAAGUGCAAAAAGCUACCUCUCCUACUGGAGUUAAAAAGAGAGAGCAUUGGGGAAAAAAGAGCAUUUGUAUCUGUUGGUUUUGGUUGGUGGAAGUAUGAGAAGGAAACCUGAUGGCCUUUGUUUAAGCAUUUUUAUAAAACUUUCAAGUCCUACUUAAUAUAGAAGUAACUGCAGCCUUUUAUGCAGUUAAACCUGACAUUGCAAUUGUAAUUAGAUUAAUUGUGCAGCUCUAAUUCACACCCAUUCCCUCCACAUUUACACGCUGAUGGCUGCUACAUAGAGAGGCUGUCAGUAUUUACUAGUGUCAUUCAUAUCAAUUCACACACCACUGAUGCAGCAGUGGGAGCAAUCUAGGGUCAAGUAUCUUGUUGACGUGACUGCAGGAGCUGAACCGUAAACCCUCCGGUUGAGAGUUGACCAACUCUACCAACUCAACCCAUGUCAGAUGUAUGAUGCUAGUAAUGCUGUCUAAUGUAAGAGCUGUCCUGCGAUGUCGCAAUAGUGUGUUUUGCAAGAAGAGCUAAACGAAAUGGGUUGUACAUUUCAAUCAGCCUCACUGGACCAGCAUUAUCGUAAAGUUUAAAGUCACAUAGGCACUGUAAGAUUAACGCAAUAGGUAGCAGAACAUCACUUUUAGUCAGUAUUAGUCAGUAUAACAAUAUUACCAAUGUUGUUAUGAUAUUGGCAUUGGCUGAUAUUAGCUUACAAAUUAAUUAUCGUUACAUAUGAAAAUUUCAGCUGAUAUUUACAACUGAUAUUCUGGCUAUAAAAUCUGCCUAUGUCAGCUCUAAAUACUGGCUGUACAAACAAAUAAGGAGAGUUUUAGGCCGGACCAACAGAGCUUCUUCAGCUUAAAUCUUUAUUUAUUAUCAUUCCUUACACUUUGAAAUAUGUUUUAAGGACUUAAAUUUGUUUAUUUUUGUUCAUUCUAAAAAAUUUUAAGAUAUAUUUUUAGGCAUUUUAUGUCUUUAUUUAUAGAGGAGGACAGUGGAUAGAUUCAGAAACAGGGAUGAGAGAGUGGGGGAGAGACAUUGGCCACACUUGAGCCCAGGCCUUGACCACUAGGCCAUCUGUGCCCCAGUCCUCAAACUGGAAUUUGUGUGUUUUAAGGACUGAAGUUUUCAGCCUAACUACACUGAGAUAUUUAAAUAUGAUAUUAAUAUCUGCUAUAAUUAUUUUAUAAAUAUUGACAUAUUGAAGAUCCACCAAAAUCCAAUAUUGUGCAUCAAUUUAAAAAAAAAAACUACUAGAUUACAUUGUGAAUAACUUGAGAAGCUUUGUCACUCGUCUCAUACACAGUUUAUCAAUGCUGAAGGGACAAAUUUAAGGUCACAAUUUCACUAACAUGUUUAUCUAACCAAGCCUAAUGAUUCCUAUGUGAGGGGGCUCUCUGACUGGUGAGUCAGCAGAGCAAUCAAAAAGCCAUCAAAGGAUCAAUUUAGUUGUCUUUCUAUCAAUAAAAUUCAUAGUGCAGCCUUUUGGGGGGAAAAAACAGCUACAUUUCUAUAAUAAUAAUAAUAGAAUUAGAACUGUAUUUUUAAGGUACACUCUGUUUGCCUUUCAUGGUACACUGGAUGCUGUUGGGAUUCUGUCUUUUCAUUCCUGAUAUUAAACCGUAGAUCAGUGAUUGGUACUCUGAAUUGAAGACUUUUAGAAAUCAAUGCUAAUUUAUUUUUCUUUAUUUCUAACUUUACCACAGGACACUGGGAUUGUAACCACGGCGACAUUGUUAUUUAUUCUCUAAUCAUGUGUCUACAUAUUUUUCUUUCUCUGUACACAUAUUAUGACUCUAUUUUUUAUAACUGAUAUGUUUUUGUUUAUUCAAGAUUGUUGAUUGGUCAUAUAUCAUGGUAGAUGUUAUCGCCCAAUAGGAGAGGAUUUCUGUAGGUGAUUAUACUGUUCAUGCUAAGACAACAGGAGAAUCGGCGAGAUAUGCCUGUUUUUUUACAUACUGUGAAUUAAUCAACAUUUAUAAUCAUGUUGUUUUAUGGGAGGGAAACAGUUGUAUUAGCACAACCUCAACACAGGCUACAUGUUUUGCUUUGUGUCAGUUUUUUUUAAGUGAUCGAGCAAUGAUUUUUGCUUGCCAGAUAAAUCUUAUGGUAUAGAUUUGUAAUGCAGAUGUCAGUAUUUUCAUAUUGAUGCUAUAUAUGAUGUACAUUUUUAUCACAUUUAAUGAAAUGUUUUAAGUUCAACUGGAGACGUAUGAGUGAUUUGUUGUACACCUGUAAUUGCUGAUUUGAGGACCCCGAUAAAAAUAAACUAAUA